CAGUCUAAUACGCAGCGCGCCAUCAUGCGAAUCUGCCCGGUUAAGUCUGACAAUGUUGGACGACAUCGAGAUAGAUCGGCUUUUGACAGAGGCUGAACAGCGCUUAAAGACGAAAGCUGCUGCUCAGGGCUCUGCCAUAGCGGGCACGGAUGAGAUCAGUCUCAACGGCGAGAUCAAGAAGGCCACGUCGAGAAAAGGGCUACCGAAACUCCGCCAUGCCCUGAACCAGACAGCGUAUAUCAAAGAUCACAGUGGCGUUGCUCAGACAAAUCCUCAAGCCACUGUAUCAAGGGAUCAAAAUAUGCUGGCUAACGGGUUGCGGGCGGUAGGAGUUGCCGACAAGCCAAAGAAAAUCAAUGAUCAGGCCUCUACCGGACCGGACUGGUUCGACCUACCGAAGACUACCUUGACUCCUCAACUGAAGCGCGAUCUUCAACUCAUUGAGAUGCGAUCAGUCCUCGAUCCUCACAGGCAUUACAAGAAGAACAAUCGCAGGGGCAAGAUUCCCACAUUCUCGCAAACAGGCACGGUCAUUGAAGGACCCACAGAGUUCUUCAGCGCCAGGAUAAACAAGAAAGAUCGUUCCAACAACUUUGUGGAGGAGGCGAUGGCUACAGAAAGAGAGACCGGACGUUUCAAGCGGAAAUACGCUGAGAUUCAAGAGGCGAAGACCAGCGGCAAGAAAGCCCAUUACAAGCGGCUUAUGUCAAAGAGAAAGAAGAAGCCCUGAUUGCAAAAGGCCAUACUGCGUCCAGGUAUAUCAUGGACUUCGAGUAGCGGCUCUGUUGCUACUCAAGGGUCCCUCGAGUGGUUGCUUAGCCUUUCCGGCAUCGAGGGCGAACAGCACGCGAUCAUCAUGCUGUCAGGGGCCUAUUCUUCUCGGAUCUCGAUAGGGAUCCUUGUCUGCCUCCAUCGGCUGCUGCUUCGGUGCCGCUGGGCAAUCCGAGGUUGCAAAUGAAUUCUGAGGCGGAUUCUGCUGACAGAACACCUUCAAACCAUAUGGCCCACGUUCUCGCGUUGAGGAUGAUUGGGGCCUGAUCAGCCCUGUGUAUCCCGUACAUGUCGAGAUGACAGAGGAUGACAGAGGAAUCCGGAAGACGUGGGAGCCGGAAUGAAUUAUCUCGAGUGCUCAGAACGCUGCUAUAAGUUCAGGAGGAAGCCGAAGCCUGCAGCAAGUUCACUCCACGAACAGUUGCAGGGCUAUCACUCGUCGGAUAGAUCUAACUUUGUGAAUUGUGAGUAGCACGAUACGUCUGAAUAGAAUAAGGGGUUAGGGGGACUGGGAAUCCGACAAGACCAAGAUUGCACCUGCUUAACACUUCAUCCUCUUGGCCCGUUCAAAAU